AGUUUUCUUCCUGUAAGUGGUCCAAUAUGGCUGCGCCCUGAAACUGUCGUUGUCCACAGCGUGAAAGAAGAACAGGACAAGAGACAGAAGCGCAGUGCGGUCCUUUGUCCUGUUCACUCUUCAUAAAGACUUCAUUCCUGACAAACUCGAAGGGAUUCUCUGUUAAAUCCGAGGCAGAUUUAAAGUCUCCCAGACAGAACAGGAUGUCAAAGAUCUCCAAAGCAGCCAAGGCUGUGAAGAAAUUGGACACAGGCGGUAUAAUCCGGACUAUAGUGAGGUCAGGACAAGCAACACCUGGACCUCCACUGGGCCCCAUUCUGGGACAGAAAGGAAUCCCCAUCGGGCAGUUCGUCAAGGACUUCAAUGAGAAAACCAAAGAGCUGAAGGAGGGCAUUCCACUCCCUGUCCAGAUCCAUGUGAAGCCUGACAGAACGUAUGACCUGAAGAUCGGCAAGCCCACGGUCUCCUACUUCCUCAAACAGGCAGCGGGCAUUGCUAAAGGGGCCGGAAAGACAGGCCAUGAGACUGCAGGGAUGGUUUCAGUGAGGGCUGUGUAUGAAAUCGCCAAGGUGAAAGGUGAAGAUGAGUGCUUCAAAAUAAGGAACGCCUCUAUGGAGAACGUCGUCAGACGCAUCAUUGGCUCAGCCCAAUCGCUUGGUAUCAAGAUUGUGAGAGAUCUCUCUGCUGAUGAGUACAAAGUCUUCCUGGAGCAGAGGGAGGAGAAGUUGAAAGCUGAUGCAGCAGCAGCUGCACACGCAGCAGCUGAAGCUUUGAUGGCUAAAAAGAAAUGAAGAUCUGAAACAUCCAAAACUAAACCCCCUCCCCCUCAGCCAUUCCUCCCGUUUAUACUAACUUUUUAUUUAUGUACCACAGUGGCUCACUGUAAGUGUUAAUUUCAAAAUCUGAAUAAACAGUUGUUGUAUGAUG